GAGUCAGGCUAUAUGAUGCUGAUGAUGCUGCCAUUUCAUCAGCACAUUUUACAAACAUUCUUUCAUCCAUUAUUAUGAGAUUGAAGAUUCGAUUUUGGAAACGGAUUUUUUUAAAUAAAUAAAUAAAUAACCGAUCCUUGAUUAUUAGAUCGCACUCUUCCUCAGUGAUUAUGGUUCUCGGUAGGAUUGCACCGUUAUAACGGAAACUAGUUGCAUAGGCUGGUUAUUUCUAACAAAACCUGCUCGGAUGUGUGUGUGCAUGCUCUGCUUUGGGACGCCGCUUGUUUUUCACACCGACACACAAUGAAGAUCAUGGGUUUUGCCUUUGCAAGACAUUAAGAAGCUUUAUAGAGAUCUCAUGAGCUAUGGAAGCUAUAUGGCUAUACCAGUUCCGAUUGAUCGUCAUUGGCGACUCGACAGUGGGGAAGUCUUGUUUGAUCAGACGUUUCACAGAGGGGCGUUUUGCGCAGGUGUCCGAUCCCACCGUUGGAGUGGAUUUCUUUUCCCGUCUGGUGGAGAUUGAGCCGGGCAAACGGAUCAAACUUCAGAUCUGGGACACGGCUGGACAGGAGAGGUUCAGGUCGAUCACCAGGGCUUACUAUCGUAAUUCAGUGGGUGGCCUGCUGCUGUUCGACAUCACUAAUCGCCGCUCCUUCCAGAAUGUUCACGAGUGGCUGGAGGAGGCGCGCAGCCACGUGCAGCCACACAGCAUCGUCUUCCUGCUGGUGGGCCACAAGUGUGACCUGGAGCCUCAGCGGCAGGUGAGCCAGCAGGAAGCGGAGAAGCUGGCAGCCGCCUACGGCAUGCGUUACGUGGAGACGUCGGCGCGCGACGCUAUUAACGUGGAGCGGGCUUUCACAGAGCUGACGCGUGACAUCUUUGAGCUUGUCAAACGGGGUGACAUCACCAUCCAAGAAGGCUGGGAGGGGGUGAAGAGCGGCUUCGUGCCCAACGUGGUGCACUCGUCCGAGGAAGUGACCAAGAGCGAUCGCCGCUGCCUCUGCUGAUUGACCGUGCCCUGCAGCUGCAUCCUGCUUCUCCUCUGCAAACCCAGUCAUAUUGUGCUCCUUUAGCUUGGCCUCUUACACUGCCUUCUCGACCGGUGAGCUCCUGAACACAGCUGUAUAUAGCAGAACCCAGAUCCAUUUUAGGACAUGUUCUAGGUUUCACUCCUGAGUAGUUCUGCACAAAAACCCAGGCCUUGAUCGUGUCAAAUAUCAGUUUGAAGAUAGCCCCAUGUUUAGAGCUCUGGACUAAACUGGAGGGACCGUGCACGGAAAAGUGUCACCAGGAAGAGUGUUACAUUAGGAAUGCUUAAAUAAGCGAAUGCGUUGCCUCCUCGACCUAGACGUGGUCUUUUGAACCCAAGACGUCAAAAUUCAGGCAUCAGAGUCCGGUUCUCCUGCAACCUAAAUGAAUUUUGGAGACGUGAAAAGGGAGAAAGUAUCGCCAUCUCUUCGGUUGCCACGUUGCGUUCUACAUUAUUAUCAUCUACUUGCUAUUUAUCUCAUUUUAAACAAAUUACAUGAUCUCUUUUCAUGGGAAGCAUGCGGUGAGCUUUUCACUGAGCUUACUUGCUAGUCUGAUUUGUGUAUCUAACUCCAUCACUGCUAUGAAUACCGACUCCGUCAUUUGGUUAUUGAUGGUAAACUCACAUGCGGUAACCCCUGAGGUGUGAUUAUUAAUCGGGAUGUCAGCCUGGAACAUUUCGGAGAUCUGACAACCGCGUAAAGCAAACACCGGUCACCUGACAGAAAUUUUUGUUCCGAAAUUUUACACGGCUUUUAAAAACCCGACCGUCUUAUAUAUCCUCACUAUUAUUCUAGCAUCUUAUCUCGUUUCCUUUCUGUCUUUAUCCAGUCUUUUAACGGACAUUUCGGAAUGGGAUCUUCUUUAGAGCUUUAACUCUUUCAUAUCCAUACAAAUAAAAAAAAUGUAUUGUUUGACUAUUAACCAAUACAUUGUCAUUUAACUGGUUGAAACAACUACUAGCUAUGUAUUUAUUGAUCUUGUAUGAAAGAUGAAAUGUAAUAACAAUAAAA